AUGGGCCUGAGCCCGGCUGCGAGGGAUAGUAAGUUCUCGCGCCACCUCGCUAGGUUGCCCCUGCCGCGCCUCAAGGCCAUUCGCAAACUCGCCAGUAUCCGGCCUCGUGAAGAUCAGCCUGGGCCAGGACGUUCAGCGGUGCCCCACUCAGAAGAAUCUGUGGGAUCCCAAGCACUGGUCCAGUUCCUGCCCAAGCAGCCUCAGCAGGAUACUUCAGAACUCAGUGAAUGCAUACAGCAGGGAGAGAAGUCCAUCAUUAACGUGGAGACCACACCCACCCAGAAGAGUAUAGAGUUGGAUUCAACACCCAAGCCUGAGAGGGAGGGCAAGUUAAUAAAGCAAGCAGUUGAGGUCAAACCAAGACCCAGACCCGGAGACCUGAUUGAGAUUUUUCGAAUUGGCUAUGAGCACUGGGCCAUCUAUGUAGAAGAUGACUAUGUGGUCCAUCUGGCUCCUCCGAGUGAGGAAUUUGAGGUUGGCAGCAUAACUUCUGUCUUCAGCAACCGUGCAGUCGUAAAGUAUAGCCGCCUGCAGGAUGUGCUGCACGGGUGUUCCUGGAAGAUCAACAACAAGCUGGACGGGACCUACCUGCCCCUGCCGGUGGACAAGAUCAUCCAGCGCACGAAGAACAUGAUCAACAAGAUCGUGCAGUACAGCCUGAUCGAAGGGAACUGUGAGCACUUCGUCAACGACCUCAGAUACGGCGUGCACAGGAGCCAGCAGGUGGAGCAUGCCCUGAUGAAUGGAGCAAAGGCUGUGGGCGCCGUCAUCUCAGCGGUUGUUGAUAGCAUCAGGCCCAAACCUUUAACUGCCUGA